AAGCAACUUUGCGAACAAUCAACGCUCUCUGAACCUAGUCUCGCUGCCUCUUCUUCAUACACCCUUUCUAUCUUGUUGUAACAACAAGCUAUUCAGAUAGCCACUGCUUAGGUCCAUUGCCCUUCUCCCGCUACAGGCUGCGACCUCUUUCGAACCUAACACCGCCACACCGACGUACCUGACCUCUGUGACACAUACGUCAACACGCUCCUCGAUAAAAAAGUCCCCUUACGCGGAGUACUGCUGCUUAGUGAGCAAGAGGAAUCUUACUCUCAGUCAAUAUGUUUGCGUCUAAGCGGUUGGGCAAGGAGCUAACAAAGAUGCACGGCAAGCUACCCCCGGGCAUAACACUUGUCAAAGCAGACGACUUUCAAACGUGGCUUAUGGACAUUCAAGUCAUCGACUCAAAUCCAAUAUACCAGGGCGAGACAUACAGGUUGAAGUUUAUCUUCAGUGGAAACUAUCCAAUCGAGGCACCCGAAGUUGUCUUCCUCAAAGACGACUCACACCCUAUACCCUGGCACCCACACAUUUACUCCAACGGCAUCAUCUGUCUCGACCUCCUCGACCGACAAGGAUGGUCACCGGUCCACAACGUCGAAAGUGUGUGUGUUAGCCUACAGAGUAUGCUCACGAGCAACACGAAGAAGGAGCGGCCGCAGGGAGACGAUAACUUUGUGAGGUACAACACGCAAAGGCCGAGAGACAUUAGCUUUGUAUUCCACGAUAAUCAGGUCUGAGGAGGGGCCGAGGAGGCUAGAAAAUGAGCGACUCAGCUACGGGGCAUUUGACUGUCAUGGUCGGUGUAUGGCGUUUGUUGGGACUAGACAUGAGUGCUUGUAGGGAGUAUGACUUUACGAUGGCGUUUCCAGAAAGAUAUACCCUAACUAUGACGUGGAAUUUCAAUUCUCCUCCGCGACAUUGCAUUGCCGCCCUGCUUCGUCUUGCUGCCUGGAGACC